AUGAAGCAAGAACUCCAUGCAGAACGGGAGCUGAUAUCCUGCGAAGAUUAUAUUACCCGGGGAGAUUCACUGGGUGAGAAUAUUUCAGUAGAACAAGCAGAAGAAAUGUUUUUGCUUUUUGGUGAUGUCAAAGAUUACAAUGAAUCCGUGCACGAGAAACUUAUUCUGUACGUGCAGGCUGUAGAGCAGCACAAAGGCCUAGAGGCAUGCUUUUCCAUGGCGGCAGGUGCCCUUGCCAGAAAAAGAAAGAGUGAAGUGGAUUUGGUCCAAAUUAAUACGGUGCUUGAGAUCACUAUUGCUAAGAUAAAGAAGCACGAGGGAAAGUGGGUUGAAAAAUCACCUGAGCAGGAGGUAAGGACGAAGACAGAAGCAGCACCAGUGCCUGAGAAAGGGGCUAGUGAAGUAUUUGACAUCCCCAGGCAUCCCCUGCAAAGCAUAAUUAGGUCUGGCUUGUUUACCUUCAAGAAGCUGGCCCGUCUAAGGAAUGAAAUGCGCCUGAAAAGAGAAAGAGCAGAGAAGGUGGUUGAGCAGGACGAACAGUCCAAGGAAGAAGAACAAGAUUUGAUCACUUUCUUUGCAGGAAUCACAGAAGAGACAGUAGACAGUCUUAUAGGAAUCAUGCAGGAAAUGAACACAGCAAAGAUCUUCACUGAAGAGUGGGAUGGGUCUGAGUACUUGAAUAUUCAGCUGGACUUCAUUGAGCUUCUACUGUGCUUCUUAGAGAUGUACGUCAGAAGUGCAAUUGUCUUUGGUCACCAGAUCAUGAUGAAGGAUGCCCUAGUGGAAUUCUCUAAUGCGCAGUACAAAGAGUACAUUAUGUACCUAGGGGGACUGUUCAUUGAGGAGCUGGAAGGGGAACUUGUUGGGUGCUUUAUUCUUUCAAUGCAGAUCUCACUUCUCCUAAGGGGCCGUGCACUAGUGGACUGCUACUCGCUGUUCUCCGGGGAGGGAAAGGCAAUUCUCCGGGACAAGUACAUAUUCCAUGCACAGAACAGUGUACUCCGGUCUCUUGGUCUGCUUUAUUACAAAGAAAGAAAUACUACGCUCAUUGAUAUUGUAUACUCCUUCUAUACAACUGGCUGUUUAGAUACAUUUACACCACAGCAGAAGAAGCAGAUUAUCAGCCAGGCCGUUGAUAUUCUAAUUAAGUAUCUGGACCAGGAGAAAGUACUGGGUCUAGUCCGAAGAAUCCUUUAUCUUUAUGACAGUGCAGCACAGUACUCUGAAGGAAUGGCUCUUUUGAUCUCCAUAUUCCUGUCAAAAAUACGUUCAAAGAGUCCGUCCAGCAUAAAAGAGAUAAACGACUUUUUCAUCACAAUAAUCUCCAGGAGCCCGAAUAAGAUUGAGCACAUUGACUCUUACUGCGCCUUCCUGUCAAUGCAUGAUAUUGGGAUUCCCUUGCACCACCUGGUCAGGAGGUUUGACCCGCAGUUUAUAUCAAACUUCUACUCAACGUAUUUCAGGCACCCAUUUACCCUGGAAAAAGGCACACAAGCAGUAGGUGACUUUAUUAACUUUGUCUGCCUCUCUGCUGAGCUCACGUACAUAUACAUCUUGAAUAUGGUGCCAUUCAUUCCUACUUCACCGUUUAUCUUGCACAAACUAUUCCUCAUAUACAAGAGAAUAUACGCAAAUGCAGAGAUGUUCCCCAGGGGCAUUAACACGGAACUUCUGCUGCUGCAAAUGAAAACACCCGCUCUGGUAGGAGUGGCUGGAUAUAUUUUCAGUGACCCAAAGCCAAUGAUAAAGAGCAAGCAACUGAAGAAGAUGGCAGCAACCGUGAAAAUAAGCCACAAGCUGAACGAAGACUACAUCCUGUUUCUUAUCCUGGUAUAUUCCGUUGAAAAAGCAAAGAUUGAAAAUUAUAAUUAUAACGGAAUUAUAAGCUACCUGGAAGAUGAAGUCACACUGAAGUACAUGGGAAAGCAUCUCCUGCAAAUUAUUUCGAUGGUGCAUGCAGAUGCAUCUGUUGAGUCAAUUGACUUCUACAAGACAUACGCCUGCGAGCUUCUAAAAAGAGCAGCUGUCCCUACAGCGUACCCGCUUUCAUUGAAAAUCAUUGUGGAGGUGCUUUCCAUCCUUGUCCAGAAGGAACCAUCUCUGAUUCUCUCAGAUGAAAUUCACAUCAGAUUCAAAGAGUGCUUUGACACCUUCCGGAUAAACGAACUUUCAAUGUACAACCUCAAGGAAACCUUCCAUAAAUACACAAAACUCUACGAGAGUAUUCUGGCACGUAUUAAAGAAGAAGUCAUUGAAGCAUACAACUACAUCGUACUGAACAUAGUAGAUUUUGGCCUAUUCCAUGCACUGCCUGUCAUGCGAGAUGAAAGAGGCAUAAAGGAGCUGCUUAACAGAUCGAACCUCAUCAUGAAAAUAAUCAAGGCAUUCCCAUCUACACCCAUGCAAGGCGUUGAGAUCUGGGAGUGGCUAUAUUCCGUAUGCACAAAGAAGCCACAUAAGCCAGGUGCCCCCGGGAAUAUCUCAGGUGGAGCUGCUGUCGAUGCGCACAGUCACAAGAUUCCCCUGUCUGAAGAAGAAUACGCACACCUGCUGUACGCCAUAAACACAGAGUGGAUCACAGAUCUCAUCACAAUCAGAGGGGACACACCAGGUAUCAUCGAGAAUACUCGUAACUACCUAAGGUGGAUACUCGAUGAAGAGUACUCUUUGGAGACCUUGCUGGUUCUCCUGAAAGUAUCCACCCGAGAAGAGAAGAAAAAGCUUCUUAAAAGGGCAGUACUCACAGGCUACAACAUGAAGGAAGAUCUUUCCGUCUACUACUCCCUCUACCAAGCAGCUAAAGGCACUUUCUACGAGUAUCCACUCGCACACACCUACAACUUCCUCUCUGCCCUUACGAAGACAAAAAAGUUCCUGAAGGUGAAAACCCUAAAGGAGCAAGAACUGUACGAUUUGAGCAUUGAUGAGCUGAUAUUCUUAAGCACAGAGCACGGGGAUAAAAAGGUCUUGGAGGUUCUCAUAAAAAAGCAGAUCUUAAACUGCGCUGGCUUCUUCAUAGACAUAAACAGACUGAGCACAGUAGAAGCACUCUCUGUGAUAGCCAACUCAGAAGAGGAGCAGGAUAUUUUCAAGGCUCUUAGCUACCUUGAGGGCGAGGCUGCAAAGGGAGACUCUCUUAUUUUCUAUGCCCCGCAGAUAGUGCAUCUUCUUAGGAAGGAGUACACGACAAAUGGCAAUGAGAUUAAGGAGGCCCUGAUUAAGACAGUCCUAGGGAAGGCAGCUGCAAGCAAGACAGCACACGCCCUGAUUUGGGAACUUAAUGCACAAGGCCUCUCUACCUUAAAUAUCUACAAGGAUGCGAUCCUCAGUAACCUCUCACAGGAAGACAGGGACCAGUAUGCAAGAAUGGACGUGUUCUUGAACAAUUUCGCAAAGAUCUCUCAAAACCUUCAAAAACACGUUGCAGUAGACCGAGAUACAAAGAAGAGAAUGAUAAACACAGAGAUAUCUGGGGUAGUAAUUCCAGAAGGAUGCUACCUCCCGACUACUGGAGAGCCAGUUGUCCGAGUUAUUGAAGGAUCCGGGCGUGCACUCCAAAGCGCAGAGAAGGUGCCGUACAUGGUCACUUUCAAAGUGGAAGACACAAAGAACCCAGAGGGUGGAGAGGCUGACAGGCAGGUCAUAUUCAAGUUUGGGGAUGACUGCAGGCAGGACGUCCUUGCACUGCAAAUCAUAAAACUCUUCCAGAAUAUCUUCAAGGAGAAAGGUCUCUCAGUGUAUCUGUACCCGUAUAUGGUCAUGGCCACUGGAUAUGGCUCUGGUAUUAUUGAAGUAAUUCCGCAGUCCAUCUCCAGGGACCAACUUGGCAGAGAGAGAGUGAAUAAUCUUGUGGACUACUUUUCCCUUAAGUAUGGGUACAGAGAGGGACACCGGUACAUACAGGCACUGAAGAACUUUGUGGAAAGCUUUGCAGGGUACUCCCUUGUAACGUACAUUCUGAAUAUCAAGGACAGGCACAACGGAAAUAUCAUGCUAACAGAUGACGGGCACUUAAUCCACAUUGACUUUGGGUUUAUGCUGGAUAUUUCCCCUGGGAAUAUUAACAUUGAGAGCCCAAUUAAAAUAACGGAUGAAAUAUUCUCUUUGCUGGGAGGUGCAGAAGGAGAGGCCUUUAUUCUGUACAGAGAGCUGAUGGUAAAGGGAUUCUAUUUGCUGCGAAAGCGUGCCCGGGAAAUUGUGCUUAUGAUAGACCUUGGGAGACACAGUGGCAUACCCUGCUACACCUCUGCCACAAUGAAGAACCUAAUAUCUCGGUUUAGGCUGGACCUGUCAGAUGUUGAAGUUCCUGGAUUUGUCUAUAAGCUCAUUGCAUCCUCAACGAAAAAGCUAAGAACAUGGAUAUACGACCAGUACCAGCACAUGACAAACAACAUAGCAUUUUAA